GAGCCCGCCGCCCCUCCCAAACCCGCCACAGAGAACUCAAACACACAAACAUCGGCCAAUCAAGUCCUCAACGGUACUCCAGAGCUCGCCGCAGGCGCAGCCAGAUCCUCUUCCUAAUCCUCGCCGGCGAAGGGCAAAGAGGGCAAGAUGGUGGGGCUUAUCCCGCAGACCAAUGCGGCGGCGGAGGUGCUCGGCGACGCCUGGGACUACCGCGGCCGCCCCGCCGCCCGCGUCUCCACCGGCCGCUGGGGCGCCGCCGCCAUGAUCCUAGUGGCGGAGCUGAACGAGAGGCUGACGACGCUGGGGAUCGCGGUGAACCUGGUGACGUACCUGACGGCGACGAUGCACGUCGGCAACGCGGAGGCGGCCAACGUCGUCACAAACUUCAUGGGCACGUCCUUCAUGCUCUGCCUCCUCGGCGGCUUCGUCGCCGACUCCUUCCUCGGACGCUUCCUCACCAUCGCCAUCUUCACCGCCAUCCAGGCAUCCGGCGUGACGAUCCUGACGAUCUCGACGGCGGCGCCGGGGCUGCGCCCGGCGUCGUGCACGCCGUCUUCCUCGUCUCCGGUGUGCGCGCGCGCGUCGGGGGCGCAGCUCGGCAUCCUCUACGCCGCGCUCUACCUGACGGCGCUCGGCACCGGCGGGCUCAAGUCCAGCGUGUCCGGCUUCGGCUCCGACCAGUUCGACGAGUCCAACGACACGGAGAAGUCCCAGAUGAUGCGCUUCUUCAACUGGUUCUUCUUCUUCAUCUCGCUGGGGUCGCUCCUGGCGGUCACCGUGCUGGUCUACGUCCAGGACAACCUGGGCCGGCCAUGGGGGUACGGCGCCUGCGCCGCCGCCAUCGCCGUGGGGCUCGUCGUCUUCCUUGCCGGCACCAGGCGGUACCGGUUCAAGAAGCUCGCCGGCAGCCCGCUGACACAGAUCGCCGCCGUGGUGGUUGCUGCCUGGAGGAAGAGGAAACUUCCGCUCCCUGCGGAGCCCGACAUGCUUUACGACAUCGACGUAGGGAAGGCCGCCGCCGCCGAUGAGGCCGGGAAUGGCAAGAAGAGCAAGCUCAAGGAACGCAUCCCCCACACCAAGCAGUUCCGCUUCCUGGACCACGCGGCGAUCAACAACGACCCCGCCGGCGAGCAGAGCAAAUGGGAGCUGGCGACGCUGACGGACGUGGAGGAGGUGAAGACGGUGGCGCGGAUGCUCCCGAUCUGGGCGACGACGAUCAUGUUCUGGACGGUGUACGCGCAGAUGACCACCUUCUCGGUGUCCCAGGCCACCACCAUGGACCGCCACAUCGGGUCCUCCUUCCAGAUCCCGGCGGGCUCCCUCACCGUCUUCUUCGUCGGCUCCAUCCUCCUCACGGUCCCCAUCUACGACCGCAUCGUCGUCCCCAUCUCCCGCCGCCUCUCGGGCAACCCACACGGGCUCACCCCGCUCCAGCGGAUCGGGGUGGGGCUCGUGCUCUCCAUCCUCGCCAUGGCCGCCGCCGCCCUCACCGAGGUCCGCCGCCUCCGGAUCGCCCGCGAGAACCCGACCUCCGACGGGGUCGUGCCCAUGACGGUCUUCUGGCUGAUCCCGCAGUUCCUCCUCGUCGGAUCUGGGGAGGCCUUCACCUACAUCGGGCAGCUGGAUUUCUUCCUCCGGGAGUGCCCCAAGGGGAUGAAGACGAUGAGCACGGGGCUGUUCCUCAGCACGCUCUCGCUGGGCUUCUUCGUCAGCUCGGCCCUGGUGUCCGCGGUCCACAAGCUCACGGCCCACCGCCGGCCCUGGAUCGCCGACGACCUCAACCAGGGGGAGCUCCACAAGUUCUACUGGCUCCUCGCGGGGCUCUGCCUGGCAAACCUCGUCGUCUACCUCUUCGCCGCCCGGUGGUACAAGUACAAGGCCGGCCGCCCCGGCGCCGACGGCAGCGUCAACGACGCCGAGCCCUGCCUCCACUGACCUGACUUCGCGCCACGUGUCCCCCUCAUCCGUCCGUUCGUGUGUUAUUCGGUUGAUCGGACGGCUCUGGUUUCUUCUUCUUCUCCGGGACGGAUGUUUGUACCAUACUCGGUAGUAUGGGCCGUCGACGUGGCACGGGAGUACUUACGUGUCGCGCCGCCUGGGUCCACGUACGUGUGUCUAAGUGUAGUAUAAUGAAAUUAAUAACUUGGUAGAGGGGGAAAAGGAAAACGGUGAAAUGGGGAAGGGUUUUAGUGGACCAAAAUGUGAUAAAUUUAUUAAGGGAGGUGGGGAGGGGCAGGGGUGUCAGUGACUGAAUGUCGCUGCAUUUUGUGAAAGUUCCUCGACCGAAAUGUAAAAUUGCUCCAAAGAAGAAAAAAAGGAUAAAAAAAAGUGUGCUUUUUGAUUGACCAGCAAACUUCAUGGUCGAUGUA